AUGAGCCGCGCGCGCCCGUCGUGUCUGGGGCACAAGCGCCUCCUCCUGUGGCUCAACGCGCUGUGCGAGACGGAGCUGACGCGCGUCGAGCAGCUGAGCUCCGGCGCGAUCGCGUGUCAGGUGGUGGACGCCGCGUCGUCGUCUCCUUCUUCUCCGCACCGCGUGGAAAUGGCGCAAGUGCAUUGGACAGCAGCGCACCCGCACGAGUUUCUGCGCAACUACGCACUGCUGCAGCAGAGUUUGGCAGCGCUGGGCGUGGGCGCAGACGUCGCCGUGGCCCGUCUCGUUCGGGGCACGGACGAGGACCAUCUCGAGUUGUUGCAGUGGCUCAAGACCUUUUACGACCGCCACGCGCCCCGGGGAGCGAGUCGCUACGACGCCCGUGCGCAGCGGGCAAAAGGAAGAGGGGGCUCCGCGUACCAAUACAGCGCGGGCGGGAGCGCUGAGCGCGCGCUGUCGACGGUGACGAGGACGAAACGAGUGCGCGCUGGAAAGGCAGAGCGCUGUGACGACGCACAAGCGCAGUGGGAGUUUCAGGCGAUGCUGGGGACGAUGCAACAGCUGACGAUCACGAGCAGGGGACUGAUGGAAGAGAAGGAGGCGCUCGUGGCGCAGAUCCGCGAGCUGCGGGACGCUAUCAAACGCACGGAGAAGGAGCGUGAGUUCUACGCAGAGAAGUUGGAGGCGAUUGGAGAGCUGGUGCACGCCGUGGAGCUGGCCAAGACUUCGAGCGCGCAGACGAAUUUGCUGGGUCUAUCGAUCCUUGAUGUGCUGUAUGCGACGGAGGAAGACGAACACGAUGCGGAAGUGCCGUUCUGA